AUGACCGAAGACUUCAUUUCUUCUGUCAAGGAUUCGAGUGAGGAGCUUAAGGAACGGCGAUCGAAAGUCGAAUUUGUAGAGUACAAAUCCAAGCAAUUAACAUCCUCCUCAUCGCACAAUUCAAAGUCAUCCCAUCAUGAUGAUGACGGCCAAUACAAUAAUAGAAACAUUUUCCAGCGAUGUGUCGAUUCUUUCAAGCCUCCUUUGGACGGUUCGUUCGACACAAGCAAUUUGAAAAGAACACUGAAGCCCAGACACUUGAUCAUGAUUGCCAUUGGGGGCAGUAUAGGUACCGGUUUGUUCGUGGGUAGCGGUAAAGCCAUCGCGGAAGGUGGUCCUCUGGGUGUCGUCCUGGGUUGGACCAUUGCAGGCUCUCAAAUUAUCGGGACAGUCCAUGGGCUGGGUGAGAUAACGGUGCGGUUCCCCGUCGUUGGGGCAUUUGCCAACUACGGUACGAGGUUUUUAGAUCCAAGUAUAAGUUUUGUUGUUUCGACCAUAUACGUGCUACAGUGGUUCUUCGUUUUACCCUUAGAAAUCAUUGCUGCGGCCAUGACCGUGCAGUACUGGAACUCAUCCAUUGAUCCGGUGAUUUGGGUGGCCAUCUUUUACGCGGUUAUUGUCUCCAUAAACUUGUUUGGUGCCAGAGGUUUCGGGGAGGCUGAAUUCGCAUUUUCCACCGUCAAAGCAAUAACGGUUGGCGGAUUCAUCAUAUUAUGCAUUGUUCUCAUUUGUGGCGGAGGACCCGAUCACGAAUUCAUUGGCGCCAAAUACUGGCACGACCCCGGUUGUUUAGCCCACGGGUUUCCGGGCGUUUUAUCUGUUCUUGUCGUUGCCUCGUAUUCCCUGGGUGGUAUAGAAAUGACAUGUUUGGCGUCGGGAGAAACGGAUCCUAAAGGCUUACCGAGUGCCAUCAAACAAGUGUUUUGGAGAAUUAUAUUUUUCUUUUUAGUGUCACUAACCCUAGUGGGGUUCCUGGUCCCAUAUACAAAUCAAAAUUUACUUGGUGGAUCAUCCGUAGAUAACUCACCCUUUGUGAUCGCCAUAAAGUUGCACCAUAUCAAAGUUCUGCCCUCCAUUGUCAACGCGGUUAUUCUAAUCAGUGUUUUGAGUGUAGGGAACUCCUGCAUCUUCGCUUCCAGUAGAACAUUGUGUUCCAUGGCACAUCAAGGCCUUAUCCCGUGGUGGUUUGGUUAUAUUGACCGCGCUGGGAGGCCGCUGGUUGGAAUCAUGGCAAACUCGCUGUUCGGAUUGCUAGCAUUCUUGGUCAAAUCAGGUUCAAUGUCCGAAGUUUUCAAUUGGUUAAUGGCCAUCGCAGGCUUGGCCACAUGCAUCGUCUGGUUGAGUAUCAAUUUGUCACACGUUAGAUUUAGAUUGGCAAUGAAGGCUCAGGGGAAAUCGCUGGACGAAUUGGAGUUUGUUAGUGCCGUCGGUAUUUGGGGCUCCGUAUAUUCCGCGCUAAUCAAUUGCCUGAUUUUGAUAGCUCAAUUCUAUUGUUCCCUAUGGCCCAUUGGCGGUUGGACCAGCAGUAAGGAAAGGGCCAAAAUAUUUUUCCAAAAUUACCUGUGUGCCCUGAUAAUGGUGUUUAUAUUUGUCAUCCACAAAAUUUACUACAGGUGCCAAAUGGGGAAAUGGUGGGGGGUGAAAGAAUUGAAGGACAUCGAUUUGGAAACCGACCGUAAAGACAUCGAUAUCGAGAUUGUAAAACAGGAAAUUGCCGAAAAAAAAAAGUACCUAGAUUCACGUCCAUGGUAUGUGAGACAGUUCCAUUUCUGGUGUUAA